AUGCUCAAAAAGCACGACCCCGGGGCCCUAAUCCUGACACGCCUCUUCCAGCACUGCAUCCAGCUGCAGUCGCUCCCUAGGCAAUGGAGGCAGAACCGAUGCUUCCUCGUGUUCAAAAGCAGCGACGCAUCCAGCGUCGACUCGUGGCGACCCAUUAUCAUCGAGUCCUGCUUCCUGCGCCUUUACUCCUCGAUGUGGCGGCAUCGACUAGCUGACUGGUCGCGGAGCAACGCCAUAGUGUCGGCGGACGUGCAAAAAGGUUUCGACCGAGUAGAGGGCUGCAGUGAGCACAUCUUCACUUGCAUGACUCUCCUCAAGCACGCCCAACACACAAGGGCUGACCUCCACAUCGGUUGGAUGGACAUUCCGGAUGCCUUCGGCUCAGUUUCACACCAGUUGCUGACGCGCAUCCUGAAGGAGACCGGCAUUCCAGAGCAAGCACAGGGCGUCUUCCGAGACAUGUACGAGGAUGUCUCCUUUACGGUCGACACCGACGGCACAAGCACGGGUGAGAUUCCGCUGAAGGCGGAAGUUAAGCAGGGGGGUCCCUGCAGCGCUCUCCGCUUCAGCAUAUUCAUGGAGCCUCUGAUCAGGGCCAACCUGGAUAAGGAGGACCGCCUGGGCUUCUCGUGCUAUGACCAACGCUUCUCGACUCUGGCCUACGCCGACGACCUGGCUCUGUUCAGUCGUUCGGCAGAAGGCCUGACCGAGAUGCUGUCGGCCGUCGAAGAGGUCGCCACUCAACUGGGCCUGCACUUCAAUGCCCAGAAGUGCAAAACCCUGUCGCUCUGCUCUGGGAAGCCAACCAUCCCGGGAGUACCCUUCGCCUUACAUGGCCUCUCGAUUCCGGCUCUCGCUAACAUCGAUGCCAUGCCUUCCCUCGGAGCAAGGAUUAGCACCGACUGCCCCCUAACACCAGUAGAACAGCUUCAAGACUGUGUUCGGGUGGCGGAAGUCCUGUUCCGCUCUAAACUAGCGCCUUGGCAAAAGUUGCAGGCGUACGGCACGUUCGUCCACAGUAGGCUGAUUUUCACCCUUCAGCACAGGCACGUGGACAACGUUAAGACAUCACUUCUCUGGACCGACUCACCAAAGGUCAAAACGCUCGCCACCGCGGAGCUCCGACAGACGGUCUCCGCGUUCACCCGCAAGCGCCUGAGGGACGUUUCCACAGCGGACCUUCGCGACUUCCUCAACGGGGCUGACUCCACCGUCUUACCAGGAUCCACCACGACCAACAUGUGGAUGGACCUGCGCAAGCAGCUACGGUACCUUAACAAGUACAUCAACAUCAGAGUAGCUGGUGAGACGGAUGAGCUGGCUUUAGUGGCCAAUGACGACGAGGGCUCCACUCUUUUUUUCCAAACCAACAAGGAGGUUCCUCGUUGGAGGCUGCAAAAAGCUGCUGAGGAACGACUACAGCCGUCGUCUCUGAGAGCAGUCCGGAAAACGACCCCGAGCGUGAGUCUAAGCAAGGACUCUAACUUCUUCUUGUGCUCGGGCAGAUACCUUUCCUUUUCUGCUUAUAGGUUCUGCUACCGAGCCAGCCUAGACUUGCUUCGGACAAAUGCUAGGUCAACGGGUAACGCGCACUACUGUCGUAGGUGCGGCUACCAUCAAGAGACCCUGCCCCACAUCCUCUGCCACUGCCUCCAAGCACACGGCACGAUGUAUACCGACCGCCACAAUAAACUGCUCAACCGAGUGGUGCAGGGCAUCCUGAGGUCGACCAGAAAGGAGUUGCGAGUGAACCUCGCAUUCCCUAUGAUCGGCUCUCGGAAUCGCCUUGAUAUAGUGGUAAUCGAUAAGGUGGACAGAAGAGCCGUCAUAGUCGACGUGACCAUCCCAUUUGAAAAUGGGAGGGACGCGUUCGACGCGGCCAGGCAACGAAAGAUUGAGCACUACGCACCCGAAGCCGUCCUCCUGUCUCAACAGGGCUUUCGGGUCACCACUGAAGCGCUCAUCUUAGGUGCCCUGGGCGCAUGGGACCCGCAAAACGACAGUGUGCUCCGACUCCUAGGAGUCGGGCGGCGGUACGCAGGUCUUCUGCGAAAACUUGCCAUCGCGGACAUCCUCCAGGUCUCGGCCGAAAUUUACUUUUCCCAUACAGGCCCUGACCACCAGAAGGAUGCCGUCGACCAAGUACUGCCCCGCAGCGAGCCACAACCGAUCACCGAAGAAGAUGGGACGGAGAACUCACCCCGACGGAGGGCAGACACCCAGUCUUUGUCAACCCUGACUCUCCGACGGACUCUCCAACUGCUAAUUCUUAGCAGCUACCCUUUGCCUUCACCUUCCCCGUCAUCCUUCUCCACCAUCUCCGCCUGUCACCACUCACAUGACUCACCUCUCUGA